AUGGUGGACUGCCAGAACAAUGCAUUCUGGCGCGGCAUUGACUCCUUCGCUGAGAUAUCCAACGACUUGGUCAUUCUAACUGACCGCCAAGGGAAGAUCGUAUACGGCAACUCCCAAUCAGAGGCAUGGACAGGGUUCAAAGCUGAGGAGCUCAUCGGUCGCGACAUAAAGAUGCUCAUGCCCGACAGAGUGGCGGUGAGUCACGACUCGUUGCUACAGCAGUUCGUGAAGAAGGCAGACGAGGCCAUGGCGAUGGACCCUACCCGACGCCCGAAGAUAAACGUGGACGAGAGUAGGAAUGUCGAAGUGAAGCACAAGGAUGGGCAGGUUACUCCAAGCUCGUUGUUCGUAUCGAUACUUUUCGACUCGGAUCCUGCCGAUUACAAGCUAUGUGCUAUACUACGAGACUGCACCAAGAUAUGUGAGUUAGAGCAUAAGAAGGAUAGCUUCAUGGCAACAGUGAAUCAUGAACUCAGAACGCCUCUGAAUGGCGUUAUUGGUCUCUCGGAAUCGCUCAGGAUGACAGAACCCAAUCCGGGCAGAAAGAAGCACUUGGAUAUUAUUAAUAACUGUGCAGUUAGAUUGUUGGCAUUGGUGAAUGAGAUUAUGGACAUAGCGGCGUUGAAGGCGAAGAAGAUGCAGCUGAAUUUUGGUAUGGUUAAUGUGAACGAGAUAUGUGAGCAAGUAUGUGGAGAGAUGAUGGAAGCAGUGGACAAGAGAGGAAGGAAGAUCAAGAAGGACAAGGUCGAUCUAGACUUCAUACCGGACCCCGCAUGCCCUGAGGUUGAAGGCGACAAGGAGAGGUUGCACUAUGUGAUGUCGGCUAUGGUCAAUAACGCGUGCAAAUUCACAUCGAAGGGAUCAGUGAAGGUGAUUACCAAGGGCAAGGCUAGAGGGGUACUAAUUAAGAUUGUUGACACGGGUAUUGGCAUUGCUGAUGACAAUGUGAAACGAAUAUUCACAGAGUUUGAGCAAGAGGAUGACGACCACGAAAAUAGGAAGUUCGAGGGUCUGGGCUUGGGGCUGUCAGUAUCGAAUGAAGUUAUCAAUCUGCAUGGUGGAAGAUUAUGGUGCGAGUCGGAGCCGGGCCGAGGGAGUAAGAGCCAGACCUGCUAG